AUGCGAUCAAUCUGUUUUGCUUUCUUGGCCUCGGCAUUUGUUAGGUACGCCUCUGCAGUAGGUGUUACCGGCGCUGCAGAGGGCUUUGCUAAGGGGGUUACUGGAGGUGCAAGUGCUGCAUUAGUGUACCCGACAACAAACGCAGAGUUGGUGUCAUACCUCGGUGACUGCUCCCCUCGUGUCAUCAUUCUCACGAAGACUUUUGACUUCAGAGGCACAGAGGGCACAACUACCGAGACUGGCUGCGCUCCUUGGGGUACCGGCUCCGGUUGCCAGACCGCUAUCAACCAGAAUAAUUGGUGUACCAACUAUCAGCCAGGCGCACCUAAAGUCUCGGUUUCGUACGAUAAAGCUGCUACACUCGGAAUUACAGUGAAGAGUAACAAGUCACUUGUCGGCCAAGGCAGCAGCGGUGUCAUCAUCGGAAAGGGGCUGAGAAUUGUCAGUGGGGCAUCAAACGUAAUCAUUCAGAAUAUCAAGAUCACCAAUCUCAACCCCCAGUAUGUCUGGGGAGGCGACGCCAUUACCUUAGACAACACUGAUCUCGUAUGGAUCGACCAUGUCACGACCUCACUUAUUGGUCGCCAGCACAUUGUGCUGGGUAACAACCCUUCUAACCGAGUAACAAUCAGCAACAACUACAUUGAUGGACGAACCAGCUGGUCAGCUACCUGCGAUGGCUACCAUUACUGGAACCUGUACUUCACCGGCUCGAAUGACUUGGUGACCUUCAAGGGAAACUAUAUUCACCACAUCUCAGGUCGCGCCCCCAAGGUCGGAGGUAACACGCUUCUGCACGCCGUAAACAACUACUUCUACCAGAGCAGUGGGCACAUAUUUGAGGUUGACUCGGGUGCCAAGAUCCUUGCUGAAGGAAACGUGUUCCAGAAUGCCGGUAAGAUGGUCGACAACACAAUCUCCGGCCAGAUCUUUACCAGCCCUAGCCCCGGCGCGAACUCAGCUUGCUCAACAUAUCUUGGCCAUGCCUGCCAGUUGAAUGCUUACGGAAGUACAACAUCCUACACGGGCACAGAUACCAACUUCUUCCAAUAUUUCAAAGGGAAGAACAUCGCUGCAGCCGAUACAGCGUCUACCGCGCAGUCAAACGUUCCGAAUAAGGCCGGACAUGGCAAGAUCUGA